AUGGCGCAAUUUUGUCAAGAAUGUGGGACAAGAUAUGCAAAUGAACUGGCAAAAUAUUGUCACAACUGCGGCAAACAAACUUCUGGAGGUAAAUACUGACACACUAUUUUUUAAGAAUGAAGAUUUCUAAAAAUAUGAAUGUCUGAUAUUGAAUUUUAUGCUAUUAAAAAAAGUAAUAUUUAUAGUAUCAAAUUCAAAUGUAUAAUCGACACCAAAUAUAUACAUGAUUUAAUGAUUUAAUAAGAUUCGGCUACUAUUUAAAUACAACAUAUAGAGCCAGGGAAUUCGCCACAGGUUUCCCCAAUUACGGCGAUCCCAUAUAAACAAGAAAUAAAUUACUGUACAAAACAAACAAAACAACACAAAUUUUCAAGCAACUUAACAAGCUAAAACUAAUAAGGCUAAUAACGGAAAUCUAUACUGUCCAAUCUAUACAUGUGUGUGUGUGUACAAUGUAUAUGGCUAAGUGGGGAUGAGUUCAAAUAUGUCAUUAAAUUUUUGCCUGGUAGGGCAUGGGUCACAGCAGUGUAGUUGUAAUGCACAGGGGGGGGGGGAUACAAAUUUCUACUUUUAUGAUGAAGUGGGGAGAUUAACCCUUUCCUGCAUGAAUUUUGGAUUGCUUAAGAAAAAAAUAUUUUGGUAUUGAUUAUGAAUGUUUUAGAGGUGCAUUUGCUGUCCAAUCAAAAAAAAAAUUUUUUUUUUCAUGUUUUCGGCCGAUUUUGAAAUUGUUGCUCCUGAGCAACAACAUGCAGUAAGGGUAACGUUAAAUUUGUAUGGCAAAAUAUGAUGAAGUUAUAAAUUCAUAUAUUUUUUAAUAGAAAAUUGGCAUAUAACAAAAGCUCAAAUAACUAAGUAUAAAGCACUGUUAUAUCUUCUAUAUUAAAAGUCGGAACCCGACAUAUUGUCAAAAUUUUCAACCUCAUCUCCAUCUUCAACUUCCCUAUUAUCCCCAUCUGGCAAAAUUAUCCUUGCCUGUCUGGUCACUACAUUCAUUCCAUUAUUGCUAAAUCUUAUCCUCUGGGUAGAACUUCCAUAAAAUGAAGUUGUUGGUAUACUAUGAGCUAUAUUUCUGCUAUUUACAAUAUAAAAUGCCAAUAAAAUGAAUAAGGGGCGACAUCCAUACUCAAAUUGCCACGCAAAACGUCAUUUUGACGUUUUGAGUGGGUGGGUGGGUUUUUAAGAGUCAGUUUGACGUUUUGCGUGGCAGUUUGAAUUUUUUUAAAUUAGAAAAUAUUGAACAUCUGUGAAGAGAUGAUUUUGGAUGUUAGGAUGUAUGUGUAGAGGUUAUCUUGAAGUAUUUGUGCAUUUCACUGUACCAAAGGCUUUAAAAAAACGCGUUCUCAGUUUUCGCGAAAAUGCGAAAAAAUAUUUAAUACAUGUAUUAAUUUAUAUUAUUAUUUAAAGCUACAUAGGCAUUGAUUUGAAGCAUUGUUACUCACUGGUAACACCUUUGAGGUCUCCUUUUAGUUUUAAUAGCAAUAUACACUUGACGUUUUCAGCACUGGGUGGGUGGGUCAAAACGAAAACGUCAAAAUGACGUUUUGCGUGGCAAUGUGAGUAUGGAUGUCGCCCCUAAAUAUAUAGGGAAGAAAUGAAAAAUUCUCAUAAAAUGGCUUUGGCAACAAUUAAACAUUCAAACAAACUCUCACAGGAUAAACUAUUGUGGUAUUUUCAACUAUCACAUGGAAUUUUGCAUGUGGCCUGGUUAUGACUUCCCAGAACCCUUGCUGCAUGAUGUUGCUCUGGAGCAACAAUCCAAAAUCGAGAUCUUAUACACGGUAAAACAUAAUAUUUUUACAAAAACAUUGAUCAAUAUUCAAAAUGUUACCAAAUUUAUCAAACAAUAUUUUUAUAAUGAAAGAAAAAUAGCAUACCGCAGUGUAAACAAUCAUUCAACUUCGAGCAAUGAUAUAAUCCGCCAUUUUGUUUAUGGUCAAUGAAUUUUUGACAAGUACUUCAUGUAAUAUUUUCAUACACGAAGUUGCAUGCAUAAUUAUUGUUGUGACUGCCUGUUUGAAACCACAUGAGCCCAUUUAAAAAUAUAAUUAUCCACAGCUAUUAUUAGCUAAAAAAGAUUGUUGCAGGAAAGGGUUAAGAGAAUAAUUAUUAUUUUCAUUCUUACAGUGUUGUACAUUAUAUUGUGUAUAAUUAUGUUUCUAUAUAUUACAGAUAAUCAGAUCUCAAAUUCAACUACUAGUACUCCAGCAUCAACAUCUAGUUUAAAUCCUUCACGAAAUCUUCCAACACCAAAUAGUUUAAAUCCUUCCCAAAUUCUCCCAACGCCAAAGUCAACGUUGAGUUAUGAAGAAUUCAGAAAAAGAAAGCAGGUAGCUCGAACCAAAAAAAUCCAAUCAGCAAAAAAAGCAAAAAGUAAUGAAGAAGUGAAAGUUCAAGUUGGUGUUUUAGAAGCCGAUGGUGGAAAGCUAAAAAGGCUCAAGGGACGAACACUUCCAUUGGUUAUUGCAUCUAGUUGCAAUGCAGACAACCUACUUAAGGCAGCAAUUGAGAAACAUGCCAAACACUUUAAACAGUUUGACAAAUAUGCUGAUUACCUUCUCCUUUAUCAUGACCAUUCUAUAGUCCAGAGGUUACCUGGCAGUUCUGAGGAUUUUGUUCUGAGUGAAUACAAGAAGGAUUUGGGCAAGCCAUACUCAAAAAUAUAUUUUUAUCUGUGUUGUAAAAUAGAUUUGGAGAGGGUUAAAGAUUUUGCAGAGACAGAAUCUGAUGAUGAUAUAUUGAUGCCUCGAGGUGAAGAAAAAAAACAAACAGUAAAAUUGGAAAGUGCCAUUAAUAUUAGCGAUGAUGAUGAAGAAAGAAAAUCUUUCCAAUCACCUGAAACAUCAUGCCCCACUUGUUUCAGAAUGUUCCCAUUUGACCAAAUUGAAGCUCAUGCAAAUAUCUGUGCAGAUAAUCACAUCGACCCUAUUGGAUAUGUUUCGGAUGAUAAUUUGGAAGAACUAUUGAAUGAUUUUCCCGAAAUAUCUACUGAUGUGAGUGAGGUUGAGAAUACAAGUCCUGAUACUAAAAUGGAAAAAAUGAAAGAUCUUGUAACUGAACUUGCUAAAAAUGUUCAGCCUGUUAAAAUCAGGAUCAGUGUUAGGCGGAAGUCAGUUUUCAAGGACUAUUUAGAAACUGCCAAGAAGCCAUGGUUCAAUGGUAGACGGAUGCUGAAAGUCACUUUCAUAGGUGAACCAGCUGUGGACGAUGGUGGGCCACGUAGAGAGUUUUUUUCAGGUAAUUUACAGUCUCAAAACUUGUCUUGUUUUAAUUUAUAUAUUGCAGUUCAAGAUGAUCUGACUUAUUUCUCAGAACCUGUUUCUUCAUAUAUAUUUGAAUUUUAUUUAAUAUUUAUUUGUUUAUACUACCAUGUAUUUCAAUAUUUUGUCAACCUUUUCAGUAAACAAUUGUAAAUUUAUAUGUAUAUUUAGAGGUGCUGCAAAGUAUUGAACGUGACCUCUUUAAAAAUGGUAUGCCUUCACCUGACAUGGCAGCUCUUGGCAGUGAUAAGUUCAAGAUUACAGGUGAACUGAUGGCUGGCUCUAUCGUGCAAGGUGGGCCUGCACCAUGUUUUCUGUCAGAGGAAGCUUAUGCGUAUAUGGUUGAAGGUGUUUCAAGUAUAACAACUGAAGGGUGGGUUCCUCAAAUAAAGGAUAAGAAGCUGAUAAAUGCUAUAGAUCAGGUACAAUUUGGUCAACUUUAGGUACAUCUACAGUAACAUGUUGUAACAUUUGUUUUGAUGAAUCGCGCGAUUUGAUUGGCUGCUGACGAGGCAGGAUUUUCCUAUGACGAGAGCCGAGUCACAAAGUAGAUACAUAUACAGAGUUAUAACUAGUGUACCCACUUUUUUUGUGCGCAUGCUUGGCAAGUUACUACAUGCAUGCAUCUGAUUGGAUGACGACCUGAUGACGACUCACUUUAACUGCUCGUGGAACUUGCUGAGCAUGCGCAGUUGAUCAUUUUUUGCCUGGUCACCUGAAAAAAGUGGGUACAUGAAAACGUAAGCUUCCGCAGUGUUUGCGACGGUCAGUUACAGCUAUGUAUGUCUCUACCCUGUCGCUGAGUUUCAAACGGCAAAACUGGUGUCUAAAAUCUUUCAAACUAUUCAAAACAAAGAAAAAUAAACCUAAAAUAAACAAAAAGAGCAACUGCUGUGGUUAAAAAAUGUUCUCAAUACGUUUUUUGUUAGCGAAAGUCGAAAUUACAAGGUAAAUUUUGCAAUGUUUAUAACUAUUAGCAGUCAGGAGUAGUUGACUAUGUGAAGAGCUGCAAAUUUUAUUUGCAGAUAGCCAGGAGGAAUUUGACAUCAUCCUAAAUAAAAAAAUACAACUAAAGCAGCCACAGAUUUAUAAUUUUCCCCUGAAAAUUUCUGUUUUUGUUAGAUAAAAGAGACAUAAAUAUGAGAUGAAGCGAAUUAAAAACGUACAUGUCCAUACUGUUUCUCACACCGCUGAGGGAUGCUGCACGCGCAAGGCAGCCUGACCUUUAAUCAACAAAAAUAUCUCAUAUUUACAAUAAACGGAUCCGUACAAACUGCAACUCACUAAUUAUCACAUGUUAGACUAAACCCAGUUCUAGUUAGCACACUACUGCAACUGCAUAAUAACUUAGGCACUACCUGCCAAAGGGUGGGUGGGACACAGGUCAGGCUAGCACGAGGCAAGCAAAAAAUGACUCUGAUGACCUUGAUCCCACCCUUGACCCAGUCCCCCAGCAGUGUGUGAGAAAAACAUUUUCUGCCUCUUUCGUUCCUCAGCCAGCAGAAAAUAACACUUAUUAAUUUUAUUGUUUUCAUAUUUGUUGUCUUUGAUUAAAUGACGAAAUACCUCGUAUUUUUAAAACAUACAAUGCCUGAAUGCCAUAUAAUACAAAACUGACUGACCUCAACCGUUCGUGAAAAACGGGAAAAUAUCCAACAUCGGUCUUGCUGUAUUGACCUCGCUAUCGCUCUGAUAUUUUCCCGUACUGCCCGAACGGUUGAGAUCAGUAAGUUAUUAAGACUAGUAGUUCUAUAGCUACAUUCUAUUAUGUUUUGGUUAGAAUGAAUUUUAAUAUUUUGCUGUUUUUUUUUAAAGAUCAGAAAUUGUACAACUAACGAAAGUCUGCAAAAAUUGUUGCUAGAGGAAAACAUGAUGGAUGUUUUGCAACUAAUUCACUAUAGAGGAGUGCCUUCAAGAGAAACGUUACAAUCUGUGGAUAACAUUUUAAGGUACAGUAUGCAUAUAGUCAUAAUCUGGGGUUGGUUUUUCGAAAGCUGGUUGGCAUACUUCUGGGGUAACGUAAAACGUCAAAGCAAACUUCCCAACACCUAAAGCAGCCAAAACACUCCCUUAAUUAUUUCACUUUGUUUGUAACGCCAAAUUAUUUUACCCUAGGUUUAGCUGUCCGAAUAGACCUUUCCCCUUAUAAGUGAAAUUUUGAUCUAGACAAGUCUGGACAAAAAUUUCAUCACAGCUUGAAAGAGCAUCACAAAAUUAGUAAUAUUCCAAAGUUUCAUUGCGAAAUGUUGUAAAAUGCGGAUAAUAUAGCCUUGCAAAGUUUGCCGUUUUUCAGUCAUUUCGCAUUACAAACUGGAAAGUGAUAAUCAGUUUGAUCAUCUGAUUAUCAAUUUCCCGUUUGUAAUGCAAAAUGACUGAAAAACGGCAAACUUCGCAAGGCUAUAUUAUCCGCAUUUUACAACAUUUCGCAACGAAACUUUGGAAUAUUACUAAUUUUGUGAUGAUCUUUCAAGCGGUGAUGAAAUUUUUGUCCAGACUUGUCUAGAUCAAAAUUUCACUUAAAAGGGGAAAGGUCUAUUAUUUACUCAAUCUUACUAGCAGACAGUUUACUGGUCAAACGAAAAUAUUUUGUGCACUAACCGAUAUCAAUGUUUGAUAUUAUUCUUUUUCUUUUGUCAAAACGUGAAAUUAUAGAUUGGUUUCUGCAUUAUUUUCUAGACCAAUUGUUAUGUAUGAUUUCUCAAGAUAUUUGCCCAUGUUGGAUCAGCUUACUGCUGGAUUGAGUUCUUUUGGGGUCAUGGAUGCUGUGAAGGAAAAUAGAGUGAUAAUGGAGGCAUUAUUUGUUGCCAAACAUUCCACAUGCUUUGUACCUACUACUGAUCAAUUCUUAGACGGAAUUGAUGCAGCAUUUAGUGAAGAUGGCAGCAAUCGCAAAGAUAAAGAAGUUGAUAUCCAUAAGUUCUUCUGUGAUUUCGUGCAGGACACUGAUGCUUUACAAGAACAAGGUACAGUAUACCUGCAAUACUGUCGUAUUUACAUAAAGCCACAGAGGCUAUUAUGCGAACAAAAUGCGAACAAUAAAGUGAGCGAAUAUACUACACUGACACGAACCAAAACGUUGGCAGUACAGUAUGGCACGUUUUAAUACAAUAGUAUCAAUGCAAAUGGCGGAUACACAGUAACCUAAGUGGCGCAAACACGACAAUGUUAGCUGGCAGAAAAUUUGUUGUACAAUGUUAGCUGGCAAAAAAUUGGUUGCAACUGCAACCAGGCUGGUCAUAGCAAAAGCAUAUCAUGCCAUAUUUUAUACAUACAUUACAGUAUAAUGCACAGCAGGUUACCAACUGUAAUUUUUUUAAAUCGUAUGCUCUAUUCUUUGUAGAAAGUAAUGGUUUAAACACACUGAGUGAACUACAUAAGUUCAUCACAGGAUGCGAGAGAAUUCCACCUUUAGGACUGCCAAAGCGAAUAUCAGUUAAAUUCAAGCAUGGUUGUAUCGAGAGGUGUAGGUGUCGACCAACUGCUUCCACGUGUGAUCUUAGCAUAACAUUACCAGUGCACUAUCAUGAUAACUACAGCCAAUUUAAAGAGAGUAUGGAUUCUGCACUUAUUGAAGGCAAGGGAUUUGGUUUAUUAUAA